AUGAGGUCGGAUCAGGCGAGAAAUGGGGAUGUGGCUGUGCUUUUGACGCCACCAACUCCAACUACGGUUCAGCCAACGGCGAUUCCUCAGCACCUCGAUCACCAGAGCCUCGUGUCCUACUCCCAGCCUAGCAGUCGCAGGAUGACCGGAGAGAACACAACUCUCCAGGAAAUGGUAGCCUUCGCGAGACGACCAUCCGCUGUUAUGGCUGCCUUGAGGCGGAACUCCACGGCGCUUGUCGCCCACAACAGACGACUGUUUCUCGAUCUCUUGCAGACAAACUCACCAACAGCCACUGGUAGUAAGCAGUCCCUCAACAACGGCGUAUCGAUCCACAAUAGCGCAUCUCGCGAAGCUCGCAUGAAAAAUCGCCGAAUUGGAGAGGACGCAAUUAGCACGGCACUAUCUGCCCUGUAUGCCAAAUUAAUUGUCGUCCUCGGCAUCGCACUGCCCGUCACGGAUAUUCUCAGUGUACGUGGACCCGCCUCGUUCUACCAGGGCUUCUACCUCUAUCUGUAUCUGGUCAGUGUGGCAUUUGUGGCCUACAUGUACGUCGCACACGUGAGAUCACGGACACUCUUCACCCUCCUCAAUUCGUAUCACGAGAAGACUGGAGAAAGUAUCAAUAGGUUAGCGUUUAAGCAGGAAAAAAUCGUGCGAUACGGAAGCUUUUAUCUACGAGUUGGAGCUGUGGCGUUUGGCAUUGGAAGUAUGGUUUACUCAGGCCUGGAAUUUGGGCAAUACUUUGAACUCAAAGGAGAGUCCAAGUGCCAGAAUGUCUUAGUCGCCCUAACACCGGCCACCAGAAUGAUUCUCUCAAUCGUCCAGAUGCAGUUUAUCUUCCUGAAUACGAAAGAGUUCGAAAUGGGGCGCCACAAAGUGAUUGCUCGUUUUGGCUUAAUGCACAUGGUGGCCACAAAUCUCUGUGAGUGGCUGUACGUGCUCAUUGAGGAGACGAAGCACGAAAUCGUCCACAUUGUCCAUCAACACCUCGACCACGCGCCCGUUGAGGACGUUUUCCCGGGAAAUGUCACGAUGCCUCAUCACCUGAUGAAGCGUGCCACCUCAUGGGAGAUCGUGGUGGAGUGCCGACGAACCAACAUCAUGGGCAGCCUGGUGCAAAACGCGUCGCCCUUCCUCUUCCCCUGCACCAUCGAGUACUCCCUCAUCUGCGCCGUGAUUCUAUUUGAGAUGUGGAAGAAAAUCAAAUCCCAGUCGGACAUCAAUCGCAGUCGACGCAACUCUCGAAAGCCCCAAACCCCCGAGAUGGCACAUCACUUCUCCGUGGACUGCGCGCGAGCACAUCGCGGCAUGUUCGGCGGCAUUCUAAUCAUCGUCCUCACCAUCAUCAGCCUGAUAAUGUACUUUGUGCUGACGGAGCAGCAACACCCGUACAAAGCCAUGGCCAUCCUCGAAGUCACCAUCUCAGAGAUUAUCCUCUAUGUCGUCACUGGAGCGGCUGUGGUCUUUGCCUUUCUCAGAAUGCGAGACCUCAAGUACUCGAAGAAGCAGGAAAACAGUGGCAUUGGACUGGACUGUACUCUCCUGCUCUUGGCCCAGAGUGGAGUCUACAUCUACAGCAUCUUCAGCAUUAUCGGCAAUAACUUUGCCAUCGCCGAUAAACGAGAGGACGGAGCCAUUGAAGCACUCAUAGCUGAGGUCAUUUGCCUGGCUGAGACAAGCCUGCAAACGAUCUUUAUUCUCAAUGCGUGGUGGAGGCGCUGCAAAGGUGCUCAGCAGAAUCGCACGAAGCCCGGCAGGGAGAUUGUCACGUUCCUUCUGGUGGCCAACAUGGCCAUGUGGUUCCUCAACACACUCGUCAAGAAUCGCGCCUCCUUCCGGCCUUCUCACCUCAGCUUCUUCGGCGUCUGGGCCUGGACUAUCAUCACGCACGUGUCCAUGCCUCUGGCCAUCUUCUAUCGCUUCCACUCCACGAUAUGCUUGUUCGAGAUUUGGAAGACGACGUUCAAGAUCAAGUACGAUCAUAAUAAUUAACGUUUACACACUAAAGUUAAUAUGAUUUUGUAUCAAAAGUUGAGGCCUGUCUGGAGGCCCUUUACUCAGGAGUUUAAUUUCACUAAACCUCCAAUCUGUAGAUAGUUUAAGAUCGAGUCUUGUGCUGGUAAACAAGUAGGUAAAUGAUUGAAUAAACUGCGCAGAGAUUAUAUUGCACAAUUAAUUGACAUUUUACGGGUGAGCAUUAAGUUAUGCCUCAAUAUAAAUAUACAAUUUGA